UUUUAACGGAUAAGAUAGAAGAUUGAGCAGAGAAGAGUACUCGCUCACUCUUCACACCAAGCUUCAGUGAGGUAAGUGAAAAUGGCAACACUCUUCACACAAACACCAACAACAGCCUCACUCUCAUUCAUCUCUUCCUCUAUCUUCCUCUCUCAAUCUUCAACCAUUCAAACACACAAAUUCAAAUUCCCCAUUUUGCCCCUAAACAACUCCCCAAAGUCCCUUUCCGUCACUUGCAAACUCGCCUCUGUCCCUGUCUUCUCCUUCUCCGGCGAAAGAAUCGGCGAGUCCACACUCGACCUCAAGGCAGCUCCGCCGGCAACCGCACGCGCCGUCGUCCACCGCGCCGUUGUCACCGACCUCCAGAACAAGCGCCGCGGCACCGCCUCCACACUCACCCGCGGCGAGGUUCGCGGCGGCGGAAGGAAACCCUAUCCGCAGAAGAAGACCGGCCGCGCUCGCCGAGGAUCCAACCGGACACCUCUCCGGCGCGGCGGAGGCGUGAUUUUCGGACCUAAGCCACGGGAUUGGAGCAUCAAGAUUAACCGGAAGGAGAAGAGGCUCGCGAUCUCGACGGCGAUGGCGAGCGCCGCCGUGAACACCAUCGUGGUGGAGGAUUUCGGCACGGAGUUUGAGGAUAAGCCGAGGACGAAGGAUUUCAUUGCGGCGAUGAAGAGGUGGGGGCUUGAUCCGAAGGAAAAGGCUAUGUUCUUGAUGACUGAGGUUCCGAAGAACGUGUUGCUUUCGAGUAGGAACAUUGGGACGUUGAAGAUGUUGACGCCAAGAACGUUGAAUUUGUAUGAUAUAUUGAAUGCUGAUAAGCUUGUGCUUACUCCUGCUGCUGUGGAUUAUUUGAACGAGAGGUAUGGGAUUAAUUACCAAAGUGAUGAUGAUGAUGAUGAUGUAGAAGAAGAAGAAGGAGAAGAAGAAGAUGAAAAUGUAAUGGAUGGUGAUGAUGAUGAAGGACCUAACACAGAGGAUGGUGCUGAUUUGGUGAACUGAGGGUUUGAAGUCUUGUUUGUACUAUUUUAUAGAGGAAAUUGCUAAUACAGGGAUGGAAGAUCCGAAUUCUUGUUUGUGCCAAUUUAUAUGUUUCUUUUCAUUUCCAUCAGAUAGGAGCUUAGGAUCCUAAUCCUGGUAACCUUUAAGGAUAUUUGCCAUUGCCUCACUUGCAAUCUUAUUAUUUUGCAGGCUACUUUGUGUAAUUUCCUGAAUCAAUUUUGUUACUUGUAGUCUCUUUUGUGCAAAUGCAUGUAUAUGGAUAAGUCAAUUGUUUUGGAUCAUUUUUGUUGUAUCUAGUUCCUUUGCUCAUAGGAAAUUGUUUGCUAUGAAUCUAU